CAGACUCACACACAGGAAGAACCAGGGCUCGCGUCCACGGAGGAUUUCAGAUCUCCUUAAAAAGCUCUUAGGAGCUCAUCACCAACAGUAAAGCUGUAUAAGCACCGGGUUGACGGGACUGAAGGAAGUGGCGCGUCGUACGGGGAGCUGCCUGCUGACAUCGCCAUGAGUUACAAACCCAUUGCUCCUGCGCCAUCUGGCUCCAACCACACUCCUCCAGGCUCUUCUGUGCCCUCUCCAUCUCUCCCCUCGUCGUCCAACUUUAGGCCCGCUUUCAGUGACUUCGGCCCACCCUCCAUGGGCUUUGUUCAGCCUGUCAAAGUGUCUCAAGGGUCCACCUACAGUGAGCUCCUGUCUGUAAUUGAGGAGAUGAGCCGUGAGAUCAGGCCUACAUAUGCUGGGAGCAAGAGUGCUAUGGAGAGGCUAAAGAGAGGUAUAAUACAUGCCCGCGCACUGGUCAGGGAGUGUCUUGCAGAGACGGAAAGAAGCGCCCGCACAUAACCUCAUGGAAAGGUCCCUUCACCCCUCACUCUUUCCCUGUAGAAGCCUGCCCUCAUCGUCUGUUUUAUCCCCCCACCCUUUUACGCUUUCCCUGCUGGCUUUUUAUAGGUGCAUCAUGUCCUCCUUGUCUCCACUGAUCCCUGCAUUCCACCACACCUGUUUUGUUAAUGACAAACUUUCUGUGACCUGUGGGGUGUAUGCAACAUGCAGUUUUAUAUCUAUUUUGAAAUAAGAGUGUGGGGAAUUUCAGCACAUUUUUACGUGGAGUUGUGGCUAAAAAUUGUUGACAGUUGACCAAGAAAAUUGGCUUUUUUUUAAAUGAUGAAAGCAAUUUUCAAACUGAAGAUCAUACAACAACCACUUAAUAGUUUCUGAGCAUCUUGAACAUACCCUGUUUCCAUUCACCCCGGCUUUGUUUUCAUUAUAUUUUGUAGUGUAAACACACAUUAGAUGUUUCUCAAUCCCAAGAACUCUGUACAUCUCAAGUCAAUUUGUUAGUACGGAAAUUUUGUAAACCAGAUUUUUGCAGUUCGGUAUGUAUAUCUUAAUUAAAUAACAGGAAAAAACA